AUGCUCGCUUUGGGAUUGGUCUCGCUGCUUGCUCUGGCUUCCGCUGUCCUCGGUGGGGGCAAUCGCCAGUGCAUCUUUGCGUCCAGGUACUUUGGCGGUCACGAAGCUGCCGAAUUCGACUUUUUGCUCAUCCAGAGUGACAUACUCGCUUAUGACUCGAUGAUGAUCGAUACCGACGGCUUGGGUGCAAAGGCCGCAGAUCGUACAGAGUACAUCAUAGCCAACAACGAACGAUGGGCUGCGAGCUACUACACGAUCGACGACCCUGGCAACUUCCAUUAUCCCUUUGUAUUCUAUUACAGCCCAUCAUCUCAGACAUUGCUCUAUCACAUCGCCGGCGCCAGUGUUGAUCGCCACGGACUCCAGAACUGGGGCCUCACAUGCGGCGACGCGGAUGGCAACCAUCAGCAAGAUAUCGGCCAGGCCAACCUUGGCUGAAUACGUUCCCUGUACCUUCUUUACAAACAUGUCAUCAGGUUGGCACGUGUCCGAUGACCUUUGCG